CAUCAACCCCGCCCACUGAAGUCAUGCGGUUGUGUGUUUCUGUUUAGGCCUGYCCUACUGUUUAGACUUGCGAUUUUGACACUGACAGCGCUUAUGUUGGACUACUGUCACACUCCUAGCCAAAGUGAAUGCGACGAGCUAAUUUUAAGCCACCGACUGUAAGUGGCCGGUGACUUGUGCGUACUGGAAGGGGACUUGGGGGGAAGCUGAUACCGUAUUCAGUUUCCCCCCCUGCUUCCAGGGAAUUUCCGUGCUUCGAGGAAAUGGAGAUUAUGUCGGAGGAAAAAGCCGAGGAACGCAGGAGGGAACACUGGAAGCUGCUGUCUAGUCUGAAGACCACGGUGGAGGGCCUGGUGUCCAGCAGCAACCCCAACGUGUGGUCUCGCUACGGGGGUCUGCAUCGGCUGCACAAGGACAUGAGCCACAUCCUCAGCCACGGCCUCAAGCACGAGCAGGUGUACUACAAGCAGAAAGACUAUUGGCCCUUUGUGUGGCGUGUCCGCUACGUCAGCCCUCACCUGGCCUCUCAUGUAGAACAGUUUAGUAAGCUGGAGCCUGUGCUGAGCAGUGGGCUGCAGAGUGUUGGGGAGGGUUACAAGGCCGAGCGCUGGCUGCUGCACAGCCUACAGGUCCACCUGCUGUCAGCCCAGCUCCGACCCCUGCUCAAACACCAGGGACACACGAGCAAGUACUACAACGCUGUCCACUCUAAUGUGCUCUCCGUACAUGGAGGGCUGUUGAAGAGUCAGAGUUCUGGGUGUUUCUGCCGGGGGGCGGGGGGCGGCUGGAGGUCCGGGGAAGGGGUCAGGGUCCCCCAGAGGGCCUCGGGAGCCCCCUGGGGGUGCGUGGGUCCGAGGUCCGAGGGAGAUGGCGAAAGGGGCAUGAGCCCCCCUCCCGGUCCCUCAGUGGUGGUCCCCUCCAUCGCCCUGACAGAGCCCGCCUCCCCAUGCCCUGCCCACUCCGACGCCCUAGACUCUGGCGAGGGCGACUACGACGAYGGCCCCGAGUAUCUGGCUAUCGGUAACCUGGGGCAUCGUGGCAAUCGGCGCGACUCUCAAAGCUCCACCCCCGGUGGCGAGCCUUGCGGCGGCGAAUCGGAUGGUGAGAUUCAGGUCCAGUCCCCUGGAAGGAGUUCCUUGGCUUCGGUCCCACCUCCCACACCUCGAAGGUCAUCCUUCUCGGAGGGUCAGAGGGAGCCGGGUCGGGGGGGCAGCAGAGGGCACGUCCGCUCAAUGUCCGACACAGGGAUCAACAGCAAACAUAGACAUGAAUCCCUGGUUGCGGAGGACUGUCGUUUGGAGGACUACAGCCCUUUCUCCCUCAGGAGCAGUGAUGCCAGUACACCCAGUUCCCUCUAUAUGGAGUCUACCUUUGGAGGGACAGAGCUCAUCACAGUUUACCUGUCAGAGCGCAGGACUUCGCAGCCUUGCGCUGACCUGGAGAAGGAGAACGCCCACUUCAGCAUCUCGGAGUCUCUGAUCGCCGCCAUCGAGCUGAUGAAGUGCAACCUGCGGCGGCGGGUGGUGGUGGAGGACGAGGAGGAGGGUGACGACAGUGACUCAGAGAUCCAGCAGCUCAAACAGAAGAUCCGGCUACGUAGACACCAGAUCCAGCGGACCCGCCUGCCACCCUCACAGCGCUUGUUCCAUUCAACAGACAGUGGAUGCUCCCGCAGGAGCUCCCAGGAUUCCUUUCACCUGUCCAACUCUGGCUCGGCCGAGGAGGUGGAGGAGUGCGAGCUGAAAGAUGGCUGUGAGGGCCAGUCCCUGAUGACGGUGUCUAGGAGCGGCCUCUCCCUGUCGCACGCCUCCCUCUUCUCAGAUGCAGACAUAAAGCGCGGUGUGACAUCCAGUGUCCGCUCUUUCCUCAGAUCAGAGUCUAUUUCUCCGUCGUUCCUCCAGUCUAACUCUGCUGAGUCGGUGGCCAUGGGCYUGCUCAGGCAGUUUGAGGGCAUGCAGCUCCCUGCAGCCUCGGAGCUCGACUGGCUGGUCCCAGAGCAAGACGCACCACAGAAGCUCCUGCCCAUCCCUGACUCCCUGCCCAUCUCUCCUGAUGACGGGGAGCAUGCUGACAUCUACAAGCUGAGGAUCCGAGUGAGAGGGAACCUGGAGUGGGCCCCCCCGCGACCCCAGAUCAUCUUCAACAUUCACCCCGCGCACAAGAGGAAGAUCGUCGUGGCCAAGCAAAACUACCGCUGUGCAGGCUGCGGGACUCGCAUAGACCCAGACUACAUCAAGCGAAUGCGCUACUGUGAGUACCUGGGCCGCUACUUCUGCCAGUGUUGCCAUGAGAACGCSCAGGCGGUGGUGCCGGGCCGUGUGCUGAGGAAGUGGGACUUCAGCAAGUACUAUGUCAGCAACUUUGCCCGGGACCUGCUGGGCAAGAUAUCAGGAGACCCCCUGUUCAACCCCAACGACAUCAACAGUGGCCUCUACAAGAAGAACAAAGCCCUGGAGACUGUCCGGGUUUUGAGGGUCCAACUAUUCCACAUGAAAAACCUCUUCAAGACCUGCCGCCUAGCUAGAGACGUGCUGGACCAGUUCGACAGCCUCCCUGGUCACCUGACUGAGGACCUGCACCUGUUCUCCCUCAGCGACCUUAACGCUGUGCGCAACGGAGAGCUGGCCCCCCGGCUACGAGAGCUUCUGAAAUUGGGUUCUGCGCACGUGGCUGGCUGUGUGCUGUGUCAGGCCAAGGGCUUUGUGUGUGAGUUCUGCGGCAACGACAAAGACAUCAUCUUCCCCUUCCAGUUGAACAAGUGCACGUGCUGCGAAGAGUGCAAGGCGUGUUUCCACAGCAAAUGUUUUCAGGCAGGCAAGGAGUGCCCGCGGUGCCAGCGCUUGGCAGAGCGGCGGGAGAGGAUGGCACGCAAGAACAUGGAGGAGCAGGAGGAUAAGGAGGAGGACGAGGGAGGCGGGAGCUAGGACGACGAACUGAGAAACGAGGGUGUCGGGGAGCUAGGACGACGAACUGAGAAACGAGGGUGGCGGGGAGCUAGGAUGACGAACGGAGAAACGAGGGUGGCGGGGAGCUAGGACGACGAACUGAGAAACGAGGGUGGCGGGGAGCUAGGACGACGAACGGAGAAACGAGGGAGCUGGAAAAGAAAGAUGGAAAAACCAAGAGCACCACAUGACAAUGAUUGUAGUGACCUUUUCCUUCAACUCCUCCCUCCAUUCAUCCCUCUUUCCCCUGAAAGUGCAGCUUCUGGAUAGUGGAUGAGCUCUGAUGGUUUGGAUUCUUGCUUUUGUWUUUUGAAYGUCUUGCCAAUAUGCUCAAUGGCAUAUUAUAUUAACAUAUUGGCUGCUUUUAUGGUUUUCUGCUCUGAUUGCAGAUAUCCAGCGUAUGAUGUAGUCCUGCCAUUUAUGUAAACAAGUUAUCAUUUCAAAUAGAACAAGGAAGGWAGAAGUACUGAAAUCAACCACAACAAAU